AUGUCGGCCGCGCAGCUCCUCAACCCCAAGGCCGAGUCCCGAAGGAGGGGCGAAGCUCUCAAGGUCAACAUCAACGCAGGUGUGGGCUUGCAGGAUGUCCUUAGGUCCAACCUUGGCCCGCUGGGCACCAUCAAGAUGCUGGUGGACGGUGCUGGACAGAUCAAGCUCACCAAGGACGGAAACGUGCUGCUGCGCGAGAUGCAGAUCCAGAACCCGACCGCCGUCAUGAUUGCCCGAGCCGCGACCGCCCAAGACGACAUCUGCGGCGACGGCACCACGUCGGUGGUGCUGCUCGUCGGUGAGCUGCUGAAGCAGGCCGAUCGAUACAUCUCGGAGGGCCUGCACCCGCGCAUCAUCACCGACGGCUUCGAGAUCGCCAAGGUCGAGGCCCUCAAGUUUCUCGACUCGUUCAAGCUGCCCAAGGAGGUCGACCGCGAGCUGCUCCUCAACGUCGCCCGCACCUCCCUGGCCACCAAGCUCAACGCGACCCUCGCCGCCAAGCUGACGCCCGACAUCGUCGACGCCGUUCUCUCCAUUUACCAGGCGCCCGCGAAGCCUGAUCUGCACAUGGUGGAGAUUAUGAAGAUGCAACACCGCACCGCGUCCGACACGCAGCUGAUCCGCGGUCUGGCCCUCGACCACGGCGCCCGCCACCCGGACAUGCCGAAGCGCCUCGAGAACUGCUACAUCCUGACGCUCAACGUCGGCCUCGAGUACGAGAAGACGGAGAUCAACUCGGGCUUCUUCUACUCGAGCGCCGAGCAGCGCGACAAGCUCGUCGAGAGCGAGCGCCGCUUCAUCGACGCCAAGCUCAAGAAGAUUGUGGAGCUCAAGAAGGAGCUCUGCGGCACCGACGGCAAGAAGAACUUUGUCAUCAUCAACCAGAAGGGCAUCGACCCCCUGUCACUCGACGUGCUCGCCAAGAACGGCAUCCUGGCGCUCCGCCGCGCCAAGCGGAGAAACAUGGAGCGGCUGCAGCUGAUUUGCGGCGGCAUCGCCCAGAACAGCGUGGACGACCUCACAGCCGAUGCCCUCGGCUGGGCCGGCCUCGUCUACGAGCAGACCCUGGGCGAGGAAAAGUACACGUUUGUGGAGGAAGUCAAGGACCCCAAGUCGGUCACGCUCCUGAUCAAGGGCCCCAACCAGCACACCAUUGCGCAGGUGACGGAUGCUGUCCGGGACGGCCUGAGGAGCGUGUACAACAUGAUUGUGGACAAGAGCGUCGUCCCUGGCGCUGGAGCGUUCCAGGUCGCCUGCGCCGCUCACCUCAAGAGCGAUGCCUUUUCCAAGACGGUCAAGGGCAAGGCCAAGUGGGGUGUCGAGGCGUUUGCCGACGCUCUUCUCGUCAUUCCCAAGACCCUGGCUGCCAACGCCGGACACGACGUUCAGGAUGCCCUUGCUGCGAUGCAGGACGAGCACGCCGAGGGCGACGUUGUUGGCCUCAACCUGGAGACUGGCGAGCCGAUGGACCCCGAGCUGGAGGGCGUGUUCGAUUCGUUCCGCGUGCUGCGAAACUCGAUCGCGUCCAGCGCGGGCAUCGCCUCUAACCUGUUGCUGUGCGACGAGCUGCUCAAGGCUCGGCAGAUGGGGUAA